GAGAUGCGUUUGAUUCCACUGGUCUGUUUGAUCGAGAAGAGACUGUGAUUGUUUCGGUAGGCCUAUCUAACAGGUAUUUACCGGGAACGGUUUGGCUGCACUCAGCAUCUCCCCCUCACAACGGGGUGAUUGUUAUCAGAUGACAAGGAGAAAAGCGAUGAGUAGCCACAACACCGACCAGAAGAUGUGUGUAAGGUCACUGGAAUGAAAAGGGUGAUGACUGGACAGUGAGGGACACACUCACAGUGCUCAACCCACAAGCCCCGCUGAUAGAGACAAAAAAAAGAGGGGGAGAUGCUCUGAUAGUCUCUCUCUGUUUACGGUGUGUGACAGUGUAUGACCAUAUUCUCCCUCUCUCUCUCUGAGGGGAACAGGCACUAACGAAGACACCGAUAUGGUUCUCACACUGCACCCCUCAUUUCUCUAACACACACACACACCAUUGAAGGAAGACAGUGGAGGAGGAACGAGGAGAGACAGAGACGAGAAGAUAGAAGACUAACAUUGGGAACACUUGGACCUCUAUAAGGAGCCAGCUCCCUCACUUGACUGGCAGAUAGAGGAACACCUAUGGAGGGUGUAGGGUGCUACUAACGGGGCUAAGAAGACUGUAGGGUACUAGAAAGGGCCCUAAGAAGACUUAAGGGUGCUCUCAAGGAUGUUUGCACCAUGAGUUGUAGAGUAGUUCGCGCUGCCCAGCUCUAGCCUUUGUGUCUGUGUGUGUGUGCGUUGUGUGUAUGUGUUUGCGCGUGUGUGUGAUGGCGGUGUGUGUGUGGGCCGCGGCCCCCCUGCUGUGUGUCUGGCUGUGCCUCUGUAGCCUUGGGGGAUCCAGAGGGGAGGUGCUAGAGUUUGGGGGGGUGUCGGGACAGUGGGGACGGUUCCCGGUGUGGAACGCGUGCUGCGAGAGCAUCCUGUCGUUCAGCGUUAGAACUCACAGUGAGGACGGACUGCUGCUUUACCUUGACGACGAAGGAUUCUGCGACUUCCUGGAACUAUUGUUGCUACGCGGGAAACUCCGCCUACGCUUCUCCAUCUUCUGCGCCGAGCCGGCUGAGGUGAGUUCCGGGGUUGCCGUGAGUGACGGACACUGGCAUGUGGUUCGUGUGAAACGGGACUGGAGGAACACAAGUCUUGAGGUGGAUGGAAGGAUGGAGGGAUGGGCAGAGGUGAAGAGCAAACGGAGAGACAUGACAGUGUUUAGCCACACCUUUAUGGGCGGGGUUUCCCCAGAGCUCCACGCCUCCCCUCUCCGCCUCACUUCCCCUGGCGUCAGAGACCACGCCCCCUUUGCUGGCUGGCUCACUUCGGUGACCAUCAAUGGAUCGGCGGUUGUAAUCGAAGGAUCGGAGGGCGUUACCAUGGGGGGAGACGGGUGUGGGCCGGACCACGUGUGUCAGAAUGGAGGGGUGUGUUCUGUCGUCGAGCAGAAGAACGUUUGCGACUGUACCGACACCGGCUACAAAGGCAACGACUGCAGCGAAGAACACUACAACCCAGGUCUGGCUCACCUGAUGAUCGGCGACCAAGGAAAGCUCAGAGCCCGUGAGGACUACUUAGCAACAUUUAAGGGAUCAGAGUAUUUCUGCUAUGACCUGUCUCCCAGCCCCAUCCAGUCCUCCAGCGAUGAGAUCACCCUGAGCUUUAAGACCCUGCAGAGGAACGGCCUGAUGCUCCACACAGGAAAGUCGGCUGACUACGUCAACCUGGCCUUAAAGAACGGAGCCGUGUCACUGGUCAUCAACCUGGGGUCCGGGGCUUUCGAGGCCCUGGUGGAGCCGGUUAACGGGAAGUUUAACGAUAACGCAUGGCACGAUGUCAAGGUCACGCGCAACCUGAGACAGCACUCAGGCAUUGGACACGCUAUGGUAAACAAACUCCAUUGUUCGGUGACCAUCUCUGUGGACGGCAUUCUGACCACUACGGGCUACACCCAGGAAGACUACACCAUGUUGGGCUCAGACGAUUUCUUCUACGUGGGAGGAAGUCCCAGUACUGCCGACCUCCCUGGAUCUCCUGUUAGCAACAACUUCAUGGGUUGCCUCAAAGAGGUGGUGUAUAAGAACAAUGAUGUACGGUUGGAGCUGUCUCGGCUGGCUAAGCAGGGAGAUGCUAAGAUGAAGGUGAGCGGUAUGGUGGCGUUUAAGUGUGAGAGUGUGGCGACCCUCGAUCCUGUGACCUUUGACACCCCAGAGUCGUUUGUGGCAUUAAGCAAGUGGAGCGCCAAGAAGGCGGGGUCAAUCUCCUUUGACUUCAGAACGACAGAACCCAACGGACUGAUGCUCUUCAGCCACGGGAAACCACGACAGCAGCAGCGCAAAGACCCCCGCACACCCCCCACCCUAAAGGUGGAUUUCUUUGCCAUCGAGAUGCUGGAUGGUCACCUGUAUUUGCUGCUGGACAUGGGCUCAGGAACCACCAAGACCAAGGCCAUCGACAGGAAGGUCAAUGAUGGGGAGUGGUACCAUGUCGACUUCCAGAGGGACGGGCGCUCAGGUACUAUCUCAGUGAACUCACAGCGUACAGCGUACACAGCUCCAGGGGACAGUGAGAUUCUAGACCUGGAUGAUACUUUGUACCUAGGAGGAUUACCAGAGGAUCGCCAAGGACUCAUCUUCCCUACUGAGGUGUGGACAGCGUUAUUGAACUACGGCUAUGUCGGCUGCGUCAGAGACCUGUUUGUGGACGGUCAGAGUAAGGACAUCCGUCGUCUGGCUGAGGUUCAGAGGGCUGUAGGGGUUAAGCCCUCUUGCUCCAGAGAGCCUCCUAAACAGUGUCUGUCCAACCCCUGCCAACACAGCGCCACCUGCAGGGAGGGCUGGAACAGAUACGUGUGUGACUGCUCUGGGACCGGAUACCUGGGACGGGCCUGUGAGAGAGAUGCGACCAUCCUGUCCUAUGAUGGUAGUAAGUUUAUGAAGGUCCAGUUGCCCGUAGCGAUGCACACCGAGGCGGAGGACGUGUCGCUACGGUUUCGCUCCCAGCGGGCCUACGGUGUUCUCAUGGCAACAACAUCACGGAACUCAGCCGACACGCUCCGACUGGAGCUGGAUGGGGGCCGUGUCCGUCUCACUGUCAACCUAGACUGUAUCAGGAUUAACUGUACUGCCAGUAAGGGUCCAGAGACCAUCUUUGCGGGGGUGGGGCUGAAUGAUAAUGAGUGGCACACGGUCAGAGUGGUGCGUCGUGGGAAAAGCCUCAAACUCACCGUCGACGACCUGCAACCUGUAGAAGGUCAGAUGGCAGGCGACCACACCCAGCUGGAGUUCCACAACGUGGAGACAGGCAUUGUGACGGAGAAGCGCUUCAUGCCCGCUGUGCCCUCCAACUUCAUAGGGCAUCUGCAGGGCCUCACCCUCAACGGGAUGCCUUACAUAGACCUCUGUAAGAAUGGUGACAUCGACUAUUGCGAACUGAACGCUGUGAUUGGUUAUAAGAGCAUCGUGGCGGACCCGGUUACGUUCAGGUCACGGUCGAGCUACGUGACCCUGCCCACGCUCCAGGCCUACUACUCCAUGCACCUGUUCCUCCAGUUCAAAACCACCUCCCCUGACGGACUCGUACUCUACAACAGAGGAGACGGAAACGACUUCAUAGUGGUGGAGCUGGUCAAAGGCUACCUCCACUAUGUGUCUGACCUGGGGAAUGGGGCACACCUGAUCAAAGGGAACUCCAACUCUCCUCUGAAUGACAACCACUGGCACAAUGUGCUCAUAUCCAGAGACACCAACAACCUGCACACUGUUAAGAUAGAUACCAAGGUCACUACACAGACCACUAUGGGGGCCAAGAACCUGGAUCUCAAAGGUGACCUGUACGUAGGGGGGGUGGCUAAGGAGAUGUAUAGGGACCUUCCCAAGCUCGUCCACUCCCGGGAAGGCUUCCAGGGUUGCUUAGCAACCGUUGACCUUAACGGCCGACUACCCGACCUGCUGGCCGAUGCUCUAGCUACCACCGGACAAGUGGAGAGGGGCUGUGAAGGUACACACACACACACAGGUCCCAGUACUACCUGUCAGGAAGACUCUUGCUCCAAUCAGGGCGUGUGUUUGCAGCAGUGGGAGGGAUUUAGCUGUGAUUGCAGUAUGACAUCAUUCGGAGGACCGCUCUGCAAUGACGCGGGGACCACGUAUAUCUUUGGCCGUGAUGGGGGUGUGAUUGUGUACACCUGGCCUCCUAACGAGCGCCCCAGUACACGGGCUGACCGGCUCGCACUGGGCUUCAGCACACAGCAGAAACACGCUACCCUGCUACGGGUCGACAGUGCCUCGGGACUGGGGGACUACCUACAGCUACAGAUAGAUAAAGGAAAUAUUAGGGUAGUGUUUAACGUGGGGACAGAUGACAUCAACAUUGAAGAGACUGCUAAAUCCGUUAAUGAUGGGAAGUACCACAUAGUUCGGUUUACCCGCAGCGGAGGCAACGCAACCCUGCAGCUGGACGACCUGCCAAUCAUAGAGCGUUACCCCUCAGGCAACAUUGAUAACGAGCGCCUGGCCAUCGCUAGACAGAGAAUCCCCUAUCGACUCGGUCGAGUAGUUGACGAUUGGCUAUUCGACAAAGGCCGCCAGCUGACCAUCUUCAACAGCCAGACGACGGUGACGGUGGGAAGAGGAAAGGAAGCAGGUCAGUUCCAGGGUCAGAUGGCCGGUCUCUACUACAACGGGCUGAAGAUACUCAACAUGGCCGCCGAAGGACACGCCCACAUCCGCCUGGAGGGCAGCACGCGAUUGGUUGGGGACAUGCCCUCCUCCAUCACGCCCCAAUCCAGCGCUGCCGCCGGGGCAAACCGAUCAGACCCCGCCGCCAAUGCCGGCGACAUCACCACGACAACCGCCACAAACAGGAAGCAAGGAGGAGGAACUACGCAGCAGUCGACAGACGACCUGCUGGUGGCAUCAGCUGAGUGUCCCAGUGAUGACGAGGACAUUGACCCAUGUGACCCCAGCUCUGCAGCCCACCCCCCUCUCCCGGAGGUCAAGCCGUUCCCAGGGACAUCAGAGGGAGUGAGGGAGUCCAGCAGCACCACCGGCAUGGUGGUGGGGAUCGUGGCAGCCGCCGCCCUCUGCAUCCUCAUCCUGCUCUACGCCAUGUACAAGUACCGCAACCGCGACGAGGGCUCGUACCACGUGGACGAGAGCCGCAACUACAUCAGUAACUCCGCCACCCAGCCUAACGGCAGCACCAAGGACAAGCCGCUGGGCAUCGCCAAGAUCUCCAAGAACAAGAAGAACAAAGACAAGGAGUACUAUGUGUGAGGAUUGGAGGACCACCCUUAUGACAUUCACAUAUACACAUAUACACAUCUACACUUAUACAGACAUAUGCACACAUACAGGAGGACAUGCCCUGAGACACACACACACACACACACACACACACACACACACACACACACACACACACACACACACACACACACACACACACACACACACACACACACACACACACACACACAUAUAAAAGAAACACACAGAGACAAAGAGACUGCCAUGAGGGCAGAGACCCAUCCUGUACAGUAAUAAUAACCACUAACCACAUCCUCUCUGUGUGAGGCCUGUGUUCGACCAGAAUAACCGUAAUGACAAGCAGAGUAAUCACCAGGUAGACUCCUGGUACAGGACCAGUAAAGGACUAGCCCCUGUCUCUCCCUGCUAUAAACUGUCCUGUAGACUCAGAGAGAGGAGGGGGCAGGGGGCAGACUGGGAAAGAACACCAAAAGAAAACACUAGUGUUCUGUCGUACGGAGUCAAAUUCAGUAUAUCCAGAUUAACACCCUGAUAAACUCCCAGUUUCAAUUUUGUGUAAGGCUGGUGUUGUACAAUGGGGGAACACCAGAUUACCUGAACCCUGCCCCUAACCCUAGCCCACCAGUCAGCAGAAUGGACGUUACCACGCCAAUAAGACCGGAAGAGUCACACCCACCAGGGUUGCCAUGGUGGCUCUGUUUGCCCGACUCGCUGGGGAGGGACUGAGUAGGGCGUGUACAUGGAAAAGGGAGCUGUGUGUGUUUGAAAUGUUGCCGGAACAUUUAUUUUCAAACGUUAUACAACGUACGUUACAAUGUUGUAUCAACCCAUCCAGACUAUGAAAACGAGAGACUUUGACUCUGGAGAGGAGACCAGAGACACCAGAACUACCUACCUACCUACCUACCUACACAACACACAACACACACACUCACACCUCCUACAACACCACAAGAGCUUCAUUACCAGAGCUUCAUCCCUGACCGGUGGCAACGAUAUCUGCGAUAAUGAUGAUAUUAUUAUGAUAAUGCUGAAGUCGAUGAUGAAGAAGAAUGAGGAUGAACAUGUGGGCAGUUUAGACUCUUUGGGGAAAUUGUUGCACGUUGAAUUAUCUUACUCCAUGUGUUUCUAACAGAGCAGAGACUACAGGGGUUACUCCUAAACCCAGUACAGCCAUAACCUACCACCUGGCUCACCGAAGCCUACCACAUGAUCCACCACCUGGGCUUAUAAUAACCUACCACCUGGCUCACCGAAGCCUACCACAUGAUCCACCACCUGGGCUUAUAAUAACCUACCACCUGGCUCACCGAAGCCUACCACAUGAUCCACCACCCGAGGGCCAAUUAUUACAGGGCUUAAUAGUGACAGACAGACAACACAACAGGAUAAGCUAACUUCAGAACUAACAUCAUAUAGCAAUCAUCAAUAAGAAGACAGGACAAAUGCUGUACACACAACAACGUUCCAUCCCUUCAACACACAGCAGUGUGACCAGGCUCCAGGGUCUCUGAGAGCCAGGUUGGUGUGUUUGUUUUGGGUUGUGGUUUAGUGAGUAACCCUGGUGUAAAGGCUGGGUAUGUCCUCCUGCCACAGGCCCAGCCCCGUUUUAAAGCUUGUCCUAUAGACAACUAUACGUGCUCUGAUGAACGUUUUAUAUUACAACAAAAUAAAUGUCUGUAAAAUAAUCCAAAACAGAAUACUAAGUGUUAUCAUGUGUUUCUAUAAUGAUAGAGCUGUUCAUGAUGCCAUUGGCUAAUAGAAUUUGAGUUGCUUUACUUUCAUUGGCCCUCCCUCUCCGAUUAUCCUGUGUGUUCACAUUGGUUGAUUGUCCCUCUCGUUGUCCAUGUGAUCAAUUCCAGCCAGCCAGGAGUAGGGGGGGUGGGGGCGGGCUCUGUGGAGAAGGUUAAAGGUGUGACUAUGAUGUCAUUCAGUGCAUGUAAGACUGUGUAGGUCUCAAAUGGCAGAUGUUUAAAGUAGUGCACUAUUAGUGCUAACCCUAAAACUACAUGGCUCUGAUCAAAAGUAGUGCACAGGAAAUAGGGUGCCAUUUGAGACACAAAAACCUACUGUAAGAACAGAUUAGAUCGAAAAUCACUGUCCAGAACAGGCAGUAGUCUCCAUUGUGACUAAUCUGGACAUUGUAUUUCUAGCUUUUGUCGGCAAGCACGCUCCCCCGGGUCAUCCAAGCAAUAUUGCCAACCAAUCACAUGCAUGGGAAUCAGACUGGGGGCGGGACAUAAAGCAUUAAAGACAUAGUAGUAAUAAAAGCUAAAAAUUUGACAGAAAAAUGUAACUAAUUGAUUCCUUCUCUUUAUCUAUCCCUUUAUCCCUAUUUCUCUCUGUUCUUCUCUCCCUCUCGUCGACGCCUCUCUUCCUCUCUCUCUUUCUUUCUCCUUUUCUCCUCUCUGUUUCUAUCUGAAGUGAAGGAGGAGCAUUGAACUGUGGUGUUCUUCAUCUAAGUGUUCAUUUAGCCUUUUGAUUUUAUAUAUAUACAAUUUUUCUACAGUAUUUUACUUUUAUUUUUAUUGUUACAGUUCUUUGAAGAACAUAAAGUGGAACUUUAUUAUGAAAAAUAGUUUUGAAGAUCAAACGAGUCAAUAAAAUAUUACCCAAGUGAAGUUA